AAUUAAAACAUCAACUUCUAAUAUUCAAGCAGAACCAGGAUCGGAAGCACAGGACGUAUGUUUAUGUUCUUACUGUGACGGAAAUACUGGAAGACUGGGAGGACUCAGUUAAUAUAGGAAGGAAAAGAGAAUGGUUUAAAGUAGAAGAUGCAAUCAAGGUCCUUCAGUGUCACAAGCCGGUUCAUGCAGAGUACUUGGAAAAACUGAAACUGAGCUGUUCGCCUACUAAUGGAAACUCUGUGGUUCCCCCUCUUCCAGAUAAUAACUCCUUAUAUGUCACUUCUUCACAGACUUCUGGGUUGCCCUCUACUGUGAGAUAAACAUUUGGAUUACCUUUUUUCAUGUCACCACAAGGGGAGACAUCUGUGAUCAUGUGUAGGCGUCUGUAUAACUGUCCAUUCUAAGUGAAAUAUGUGAAUGUGUCAUGUCAGUUUUAUUUGAACAUGUUUUCCCUUUUUAACAAUGUAAAAUAGUGUUUCAGCAAACCAAAGCCAUAUAUGGAUUUUUUUAAGAUGCCUUAAUAGGCCAUUUUUAAGAAAAAAACAACAAAACUUGACUAUAUAAAUUUCCAUAUCUGCUAAAAUAAAAUAAGCAUC